AUGGUUUUAGUGAUUAAUGGACAUGAAUAUUCAAAACAAUGUUCACUUGAAGAUUUAAAACAAUGUAAUGAUUUAAUAAAAGUUUCAUGUGAAUUAGCUUCAUCCGAUGAAUUAAAACAACCAAUACAAGAAAUAUCACAAACUAUUUAUGUUUAUCAGCGUGAAUUUGCUGUUAUAGGAAAAAAUGAUCGAAAUGGUUUUCAUUUAAUUGGAAGUGAUAAUGCAACAACAUGUCAUAUACUUGUGUUAGAUAAUCAAGUUGCUGUUGCAUUAGCACAUUUAGAUGGUGGUGAAACACGUCAGAGUAUUGAAAAUAUGUUACAAGAAUUAACUAAAUAUGCACCAGAAAAUACAGAGUAUGAUGUGUAUAUUGUUGGUGGUUUUCUUGAUGAAUCACGUCGACAAUAUUCUCGAAACUUAAGCAAUGAAAUCCUUUAUAUAUUUUCUACAAAGCCAAAUAUUACAUUUCAUUUGAAACUUGCAGCAAUAACAAUCUAUAAUGAUCAUAUAGUUGAUGAUAUUCAUUAUCCACAUAUAUAUGGUAUUUGUUUUAAUAUUAAUACAAAAAAUAUUCGUAAAAUGGUUUUUAUUGAUAAUGGACCAGGAUUUCGUUUACGUACAGUUUAUCAAACAGCUGAUAGUCAUCCUGCAUGGUGUAUUUAUUCAUCAUUGGAAGGAAAACUAACAAUUAAAAAAUUUGAUAUAGAUAGAAAUUCACUUGUACCGUAUUAUAAACAUUUACAUAAAUAUUUUUUUCAUAAUAAUCAACAAUUACUUGCAAUGACAUCAACAUCACCUGAACAAGAACGAGAUACAUUUAUAAAAAAUAUGAAAAAAACUAUUUUAUAUAUUAUAAAAUAUUAUAAAGAUAUUCCGAAAUGGUUUGAUGAACAAACACAUUCAAUUAUCUAUUAUCAUUCAAAUGAUGAAUGGAUAACGGAUAAUAAAAAAAUUAUUGAUGAUAAUGAAAUUAAAUAA